GCUUCUGUCCAUGGUGCUGAAGAUUCGGCUGGCUCUGUCCGGGGUGCUGAACACGCUCCAGGGGUUUGCUGGGCUUAUUCUGAGGCUGCUGUAACACCGGUCUAGUCGACUCCUGCCCGGUGCCGGUCGUGUAUUCCGGGAUAGAGCCGCUGCAGGGUUAGGGUUAAAGUGAAUCUUCCAGCCCCGGAGAUGUCGGAGCGGAGGGGGAGGGGAGGGCAGUAGUCUGAGCGGAAGAAAAUGAGUUCAGAGGUCAGAUACUGAGACACCGGAGGACCAGGGGAGAGCCAAUCAACGAGAGAGAGGACGAGCCUCAGCAUCAAAAUGAGCCAAGAAACAACAGAGACACGAACAAGAACCCGCUCUAAAACCAACCGAGCGUCUUCAGAGCUUGCAGGACAGGACAUGAAGCAGGACUUAAGCAGCUGCCCCACCCCUGGAUGUGACGGGAAAGGCCACGUGAGCGGACGAUACUCACGGCACAGGAGCGCUCUGGGAUGCCCACUCGUGAAGAAAAGAAAGCUGGAGGAGGCCGAGGCCGAGGAGAACCAGUUGGCUCCUAAAAGGAGGAACCAGCCUGCUAAACAGACGCCUGACGAAGGCCUGAAUGCAGAGAGUGAUGUAGCAGAGGAGGAGGAGGAGCAGAAAGAGGAGGAGGAGGAGGAAGAGGAGGAAGGAGGGGACCUGAAAGAGAAGAAGAAAAACAAAACGAAAGGACGGUCCGAGCUGGCAAAUGCAGACUCCCCCCAGGUGAUCCAGGACCCAGAGCAAACAGAAACAGAAGCUUCUCAUCCAGCUGAAGAAGUCCAGAAUGAAAGCGUCCCCUCAGAAACCGAGAUUAUAACGGAGAAUGAAACUGAGAGUGAGAAAACGAUUGAGGAAGAGAAGCCGGCGAUCCUCGCUGAAGAUCUUCAGCAGGAGGAGGACACGGACACAAAAGAGGUGGAGGAGGUGGUUGUAGAUCAGCAGGUUACAGAGGAGGAGCCACCGGAGCAGGCUGCAGAAGAGAAGGAGGUCAUAGAGCUGAAAGAAGCAGAAGAAGAAGAAGAAGAAGAAUUAGAGGAGGAGGAGGAGGACGCAGCAGAGGAAGAAGAGGAAAAGGUGGAGGAAGAGCAGCAAGAGAUGCAGGAGAGCAUUGUACAAGAGCGACAGAUGAUGAGCCAGGAAAACUCGGAUCACCAGUACUCCAGCGGGGACUACAACCAUCAGGCCAAAGAUCUAACAGAAAGGCAGAGUAAGAGGGAGGAGCUCGAGGAUGAAGAGGAGGAUGAGGAGGAGGAUGAGCAGGACGAGCAAGAAGAAGAAGAGGACGGAGAUGAGAGGGAGGUCCACCAAGAGGUCCACACUCUUUACACUUUGAGCCCACACACUCAGGGAUCCGAAGCCGAGGAUUCAAUACGGGAGGAGAAGGUCAGCACCCCUAUGACUGAGGAAGAGGAGGACGACGAAGAGCAGGAGGAGGAGGAUGAGAGGCAGGGGGAGGAAGAAGGAGAGGUGCUGGUGGAGGAGGAAGAGGAGGACAGAGAGUCCAGCAAGGGCUCUCCAACAACAGUGGUCAUAGAAGUCCGCUCCGAGGAGGACGAAGAUGAGGACGAUGAGGAGGAGGAGGAGGAAGAGGAAGAAGAAGAGGAGGAAGAGGACGAAGGAGAGGAGGAGCAGGAUCGUGUCUCAGAGGGCUCGGGGAUCACAGACGACUCGGAGAACUGGGAUAUGACUCGGGGGAAUUUGGGUCUGCUGGAGCAGGCCAUUGCCCUGAAGGCGGAGGAGGUGAAGGGGGGGCAGGAGUCCCAGAGCUCCCCCGAGUAUCACCCGUACAGCUCGUCCAGCAAGAGCUCUGAGCCAUCCACGGCACCGCGGCGCCCCUCACACUACAGCAAAGAGAAGAAGGAAGUGAAGUGUCCGACCCCCGGCUGUGAUGGUACAGGUCACGUGACUGGACUCUACCCUCACCAUCGAAGUCUCUCUGGGUGUCCUCACAAAGACAGAAUACCCCCGGAGAUCCUGGCCAUGCAUGAGAACGUCCUGAAGUGUCCGACUCCCGGUUGCACAGGCCAGGGCCAUGUAAACAGCAACCGCAACACACAUCGCAGUCUGUCCGGCUGCCCCAUCGCUGCAGCAGCUAAGCUGAACAAAGGACAGGACAAGCAGGUUAUUCUCCAGCCGUCAUCCAGCGAACCCUCUUCCAACUCUGACAGAGUGCUCAGGCCUAUGUGUUUCGUGAAACAGCUGGAGAUCCCUCAGUACGGCAGCUACCGGCCCAACACAGUGACGACCACGCCCCGCGCUAACCUGGCCAAGGAGCUGGAGAAGUACUCAAAGGUGUCGUUUGACUAUGCAAGCUUUGACGUCCAGGUGUUUGGAAAGCGUAUGCUCAUUCCAAAGACGCCCAGCAGCACUGAAACAUCACCCAAAGCCUUCAAAUCUAAAUCAUUCCCUAAGGCCUCCUCCCCCAGUCACAGUGUGUCGGGAGGCUUUCCGAAGAGCGCCUCGUCCUCCUCUGGUUAUGACUACAGCCAAGACGCAGAGGCAGCUCACAUGGCAGCGACAGCCAUCCUCAACCUGUCCACACGCUGCUGGGAGAGACCCGAGAGCCUCAGCACCAAGCCCAGGGAGCCCUGCGCCAAGGAAUCGGACAUCGAAGUGGACGAGAACGGCACCUUGGACCUCAGCAUGAAGAAGACAAAGCGGGAGGGCAUGCUGCCUCCAGAGCCUUCACCCUCCUCGUCUUCAUCCUCUCAGCUCAUCUCAACCACCUUGUCUCAGGGCCACACUCAGCCGGAUUGGGAGGGGCCGCUGGAUUUCACCAAGCCCAGUGGAGUCAAAGAGGAAGACCAUGAAGAUGUGGAGUAUGCGGCUCCCUCGUACACCUCAUCGGACUGUGAGGAGGAAGACCCGGAGAACCUGGAGGACAGGAAGUACCCCGGUGAGGUCACCACCAGCAGCUUCAAGGUCAAGUUUCAGCCCAAAGACAAACAAAAAGAGAUUCUUGUAUGUCCAACUCCAGGCUGCGAUGGCAGCGGACACAUCACUGGAAACUACGCCUCACAUCGAAGUCUGUCAGGCUGUCCUCUUGCUGAUAAAUCACUUCGGACCCUCAUGGCUGCCCACACAGCUGAACUAAAGUGUCCGACUCCAGGUUGUGAUGGAUCAGGCCACAUCACAGGAAACUACGCUUCACACAGAAGCCUGUCUGGAUGCCCUCGAGCCAAGAAAAGUGGAGUGAAAGUGACGCCCACCAAGGACGACAAGGAGGACUCAGAGCUGCUGAGGUGUCCAGUUCCGGGCUGUGACAGUCUUGGCCACAUCAGUGGGAAGUACGCCACCCACCGCAGUGCCUAUGGCUGUCCGCUUGCAGCACGUCGGCAGAAAGAAGGUCUUCUUAACGGCACUCCAUUCUCCUGGAAGGCCUUCAAGACCGAGGGUCCGACAUGCCCAACGCCAGGCUGUGACGGUUCAGGACAUGCAAAUGGAAGCUUCCUUACACAUCGCAGUCUCUCAGGUUGUCCACGAGCUACAGCCAACAAGAAGAGAACCAAGUUCCCUGGAGACGAGUAUAUCACUGCAAAGUUCAGAGCCAGUGAUGUUCUGGACAAUGACGAGGACAUCAAGCAGCUCAACAAGGAGAUCAACGAUCUGAAUGAGUCCAACUCAGAGAUGGAGGCCGACAUGAUGAGCCUGCACACUCAGAUCUCAUCCAUGGAGAAGAACCUGAAGAACAUGGAGGAGGAGAACAAACAGAUCGAAGAGAGAAAUGAGGCCUUGUUUGUGGAGCUAUCCGGCCUGAGUCAGGUGCUGAUCCGCAGCCUGACCAACAUCCGCCUGCCAACAAUGCAGGAGCCGCUGUCCGAGCAGAACUUUGACGGCUACGUAGAGACCCUGACCCACAUGUUUACCAAUAAAGACUGCUACCAGAACCCUGAGAACCGGGCUCUGCUGGAGUCCAUCAACCAGGCGGUGAAAGGCAUUGAGGUGUGAUGAGGAAGAGGAGGAGGAAGAGGAGGAGGAGCGUGCGGGGGGAAGGCAGGGCUUCACAGUGACCAACCUUUUCUUUCCAACCCCUUUAGAUACUGUAUGUAAUUAAUUCUUCUCAUUUGGAUCUUUCCCAUCCGUUCUUUGCGUUUGUUUGCUGUUUGCAUGUUGCUUUUAUGACGGUAUGCGUGACUAGAUGAGGGUGUGGGUGUAAAGCGUGUGGUGGCACACCGGAAUCAAACUGUUACUGUGAGCGAGGGUUAAAACAGAACAAAAUCAGGAGUGCAGUAUGCAGCGUUAGCGGAGCAGAUCCUUUAGUUAGUGAACAUUUCCCAUCUCCACUCAAUAAUGUCGAUAGUAUUCUAUAUGAGCAUAGUGAUGUUGCACCUCCAGGACUAGUUUGUAGAUUCAUUCUUAAUAUUGCUGUGUAACUAUUUAAGUCCUUUGCAGAUGUUGGUUUAAUAACUUAUUCAUUCAUGUCUGCUGUAUUUAUUUUGAUUUGUUGGCCUAUUUAUUAUUCAUUAUCUAUUUAUUAACGUUUAUUUAUUUCAAAUCGCUACCUGAGAAGAUUUUAAAACCAAGAGACAGGAAUCAUUUCCUCUGCAUUGUUGAACAAAGAGGAAAUAUUUUAAGAUAUCAACUAUGAAUUCUUUUAUAUAUCUUAUUAUUUAUUUAAAAUACUGGAAUCUUUUUAAGUGCAAAUAUUUUGUAACUGAAAGUUUUUUAAUAAUUUUCUAAGAUUUUUGUUGUUUUUUUUGGUUCUUAUGUUUAUAUGAUUUUUCCUUUUUAUUUUCACAAACUAUUUUGAGUACAUUGCAAUACACUGGGAAUUAUGAGCUGCACAUAUUUGGUAUUUAUUUGGUGAUGAAGAACAAAGUGAUGGUGAAUAUUUAUUUUGUAUUGUCUAUGUGUUAAUGAUGGCUGUGUAUGGAUUAGUCUUUAAGUUGCUCUUGAAUAAAGGUUAACCCGCAGUAAACGUGGA